UGGGAGUCAAAGUUGUUAAUAAAACUAUAACACAAUAGAUAGAGAAUCAUAAAAAAAAAAUACAAUGCAAGAAAAAAAAAGUUCGCUUCAUUUAUUUCCAUAAUAACCUUUUUUGUAUGUUUAAAUUAUUUAGGUAGGUAUUUAUUAGUUGUUAUUAAAUGCAAAAAGUAUUGCAACAUCCCCAUGUUUUUUUGAAUGAAAUGGAUCUAUUUUAAAAUGGGUUAGUAAAAUGGGCCUUGCUAAGAAUAAGUGCAAUGGUAAUGUCCAUUCAGCCCAAUAAUAAGUAGGGUAAAUCAAAAGGAAGCUUUUCCUUGGACAUUCACUCCCUAUUCUGUAGAUUGUUAGGGAAAACGCAUGAAACCUAUUGAACUACCAAAGAAGAAUAUGUCAUUCGAUCCCGAAAACAUGAUUCCUCAACCAAACUUCGGCUCAUUUCCAGUCGAUGUUUAUCAAUAUCUGAGCAAAACGGCUACAGGGCAAAGUCACAGCUUGGACGAUAGAAGGGCUACGGUGGACAUGCAAAGAUUGAAAAAAUCUGAAGGACCAAUGGAAUCUUCGUCCAAGCGUAAGGGAAAAGAGAAGGUAUUCCAAACUUCAAGUUCUUCUGGUACGGACCUUUCGAACGGAAAAAAAGGUUCUGAUAAGGUGAAUAUUGACAAACAAACGAAGGACAUUUGGGAUGACCUUGAGGUUAGGGAAGUUGAUCUUGGUCCAGUUGGUAAGAGAAUUGUAUGGCGAAGGAAGAUCAAGUCUAGCAGAGUUGCAAGAAGGAAUGUCCUUAAGGUGGUUCAAGAGCAUCUCAUGGUCGGCCAUGAGUCAAUUGUGCUUUAUGAUUCAGAUCGUAGAAAGUCCUACAAUUGUGUUUUGCACAGGGCAGACCAAAAAACAUUGACGGAGCGUUAUAUAUGCAAGGAAUGGUAUACAUUUGUAAGGAACCGGAAGAUAAAAGUUGGUGACAGGAUUGGAUUCAGUUUGAGACCCCCUGACUGUGACCAAUUGUUGGUUACAGUGAAGCGCAAGAAGUCUCCAAGUUGAAACAUUAUGCUUUUGUCCUCCGCAAUCCUAUGACGAAGACGUCCAUUUUGUAACUGUUAUGCAUGUUUUAUAUUAGGCGGGUGUAGGACUGUAUUAGUUUUGAUAAGUCAGGUUGUGAUGAAGAAUGUUAAAGUUUUAUGUAGUUGUGUCCAAACUGUCUCCCAUGGUGAAAUGUUGAAGUUUAACAACAUUUGAAUGGGUUAUAAUGUAAUAUUAAACUAUAUAACCUUUUGAUAUAUGCAAGUAUGAUGUUAAAGUU